AUGGCCAUUGGGGAGCAAAGCAAACAAAAGCAACAAGUGCUGUCAUACACCGAAGGCCCAAGUGAUGGUAUCACUUCCAUCACAAAUUUCUCGUAUGAUCAUGCCAAGGUUUCUAGCAUAACUGUUGAUAAUGCUUCAUACAAUGAUGUGUACAUUAGGAGACUUAGAGAGGAUUUUUCUCUAAGAAAAAGAUUAAGUAUUGGAGGAAAAAUUGUUCAUGUUAGAUGUUGUGCACAUAUAUUUAAUCUCUUAGUGCAAGAUAGUCUUGGUCAACUUGGUGGUGUGAUUAAUGUUGUUAGAGAAUGGAUAAAGUACUUGAAUAAUUCUGAAUCUAGGCUUCUUGAAUUUGCCAAAAUUAAAAAACAGCUUCAGUUGCCUUCUAGAAAGCUAAUUUUGGACUGUCUAACAAGGUGGAAUAGCACUUAUUUGAUGUUAGCUUCGGGUUUAGAGUUCAAGGAUGUGUUUCCAAGAUAUGCAGACAUUGACCCUGGAUUUCACUAUGUUCCUACUGAUUUUGAGUGGAUGAAAGUGGAAGAAGUGUGCAAAUUUUUAGAAAUAUUUCAUGAAAUCACUGAUAUGAUUUUCGGGUCCGAGUAUCCACCAGCUAAUAUUUUUCUUGUGGAGCUCUAUAGGAUUAAAGAGCUUUUAAAUAAAAAAGCUCUUGACCCUUUUGAGCAUAUUCGGGCUAUGGUUGGAAGUAUGUCUACUAAAUUUGAUAAGUAUUGGGGGAAAAGUAAUGUGCUGCUAUCUUUGGGUGCAAUUUUGGAUCAGAGAUGCAAAAUGUUUCUUAUUAAUCAUGCUUUUUCGGUGAUUUAUGGUGAGGAUACAGCUCCUAGAUUCAUGGCUAAGAUUAGAGACAUUCCUUAUGAACUUUACAAUGAAUAUAUUGAUUGUCACAUUGUUUCCCAUUCUGAACAACAACAGAGGCAGGUUGUAAAAAGGAGACAAAAUGAAGGUUCUAGUUUUUCAAGUAAGAAACAGAAAAUGACUGGACCCGCCGUUUUAAUUGGUAAAGAAAAGUUUCACAUGCAUGUGAGUGAAAUUGACAGGGCUCCACCAGAAAAAUCAGAUUUAGAUGUUUAUUUAGAGGAAAGUAUGUAUGCUUGUGAUGCAAAUGCAAAUCUGGAUGUUUUGGGUUGGUGGAAAGGGGAAAGAUUGAGAUUUCCUAUCUUGUCGAGGAUGGCUGCCGAUAUACUCUCCGUUCCUGUUACAACUGUGGCUUCAGAAUCUAUCUUCAGCGCCGGAGGUAGAGUAAUUGAUGAUCGACGAGUUUCUAUGUCAGUUGAGACGGUGCAAAUGUUGCUUUGCGGCAACGAUUGGAUCCGCAGUUUUCAUGGCCUAAAGAAUAAGUCUCGCGAAUCACUUGAUGCUGCCGAAUCAAUCAUAUUUGAGGAAGUUGAACUUCCUGAAUCAUUCACAACCUGA